CAACAAAACAAAAAUUCAAUUUACGCAAAAAUGGCAGCUUGGAUGUAAACGAGCCAGCAGAUUGAUCGUGAUAUUCUCCGUCGGCAUUGAAAUUCUGUCCGCGUCCGGGUUUUAAUUCCGUCGUAAAAGUUGUCUUAAAGUGUCGUGUGUGCUGCUCGUGUGCAAUAAUUGUGGAUAUCGUGCGGUUUGGGGUCCGUUUUUUAGAUCGAAACGUUUGCCAUAAGUUUUACUCUUGCAAGCGGAAGCUGCAUACAGCGGCCUCAUCAUGAGCGAAGAUCCGGUGUCGAAAAAUCAAUAAAGUGUUCCGGAAGCUAGUUUGGCCUUGUACGUGCGUGCUAUUUGCAUUGGGUGUAAAAUUGCAGUUUGUGAAGUUUGAUACUCGAAAGUGGUUUUUAGUUUGAGACUCUGCCAGCAGCAGAAUGUCGCAAAGUGCUCCUCGAAGACACCCGCCAAGUGGUGGCAAUCCGGAGGUCAUGUCGGCGAAAUUCGGCGAUACUGAAUGGGAGGCAAGAGAGUCCCAACGGCAACGCGAGCUGGAGGAGGCUCGUGCCAGAGCCGCACAGAUGGAGAAAACCAUGAAGUGGUGGUCAGAUUGUACUGCCAACUGGAGGGAAAAGUGGAGCAAGGUCCGAACAGAACGGAACAAGGCACGGGAGGAGUCGAAGCAACUACGUAGCAGUUUAGAAGCGGCCAUCAAAGAAUCAAAUUCCUACAAACGGGAGAAAUGCGAGCUGGAAAUUCAAAUCACCCAGCUAAAAAAAGAAAUGGAAAAGGUCCACAUGUUGAUGAUGAAGCAUGCCGGGCAGUUCAACAAGGCCAGCCUGGACGCGGCCGACGAACCGGAACGGGAUGGACGAGAUAACAAUUGCUCGCCGGAUAUUUCCUCGGAUGGGCUGAAGAAUGUGAACAGCGAGGAUGGGUUGGUGACGAAGGUGAACAAUCUUCCGGAUGACAGCGGUCAGGACGAUUUGGACGUCGAGGAGUAUAUCCUGCAGGGUGGGGCCAUGCCUAAGCAUUCCGUAGAGUUUAAGGACAAGACUGACGUGAUGGCCGAAGAGCGAAGACUGAUUCAACAGCUGUCGAAGGACGAUUAUGAUGAAGAUUAUUUACUGCAGAAGAUAUCGAUGCUGCAGUUAAGGUUGGACGAUGCACAGAAAACGAUCCAAAUCGAACGGGAGGAGAAAAACAGUAUUCAUAAAAGUUUCGAGAAGUUCCGACUGGAUAUGCAGGAACUGCGAGAUAAAUGCGAGGAGUUACGCGCGGCCAAACAAGAUGCAGUGCGAGAGCUACUGACGUUGCAAGAACAGCAUCGGGUCGAGAUGAGGAUUACCAACAACUCGUUGCAAGAGGAAGUAGCUGCUAGGGAGACUCUGGAGAGGCGAUUGUGUGAGCUGAGAACCGAGCUGGAACGAAUGCAGGCAGAAAAUGCCGCCGAAUGGGGCAAACGGGAGCGCCUGGAAACGGAGAAACUUAACCUCGAGCGGGAAAACAAGAAAUUGCGUGCCGAGUGCCAAGAUCUGCAGGAACGCUUGGAACGCAAGGGACGGGGCCCGGUCAGCAAUAACGACACCGAAUUCCGCGCACUGCAGCAAGAGCUGCUGGAUAAGAAUAAGGAAAUAAGUGACAUCCGGCACUCGCACAGCAAAAUGAAGAAAAUGCUUUCGGAAGCGAACACCGAACUAGGGCAUGCAGUUCGGCGGGCCGAGCAGUACGAAACGGAGGUGAAGCGGCUGCGAUCGCGCGUCGAGGAACUUAAACGCGAACUGGCCGGAGCAGAGGAUGAACUGGAUUCAGCCUGCAAUCACGUUCGUAGGCUGCAACGCACCAAUGAGGAGCUUUCCGGUCAAACCGAAGGCCUACAGGUCCAAAUUCAACACUUACAGACUAGCGGUAGCCCAAAAAACCUACAGGACUUGGGCAACUACAAAGCUACUAACAAAUCUAACUUCACCUCCAAUUCCAACUACAAACCGAACAUAAACGAUCUCAAGCAACUAUUCGAUUCGCGCCACUACAACGACCGUCAGCCGAAAUCCCGCUCCUCCGGAACGACCGAAACUCAACCCUCUUUCCUCUCGGGAUCCUAUUACGAUGCCAAACCGACCUACAUCGACAACGAUUCCCCGUACGACGCCAAAGACAAAUCCCUGAACAACAUGUUCGACUUCGAGCGUGCCAAACAAAAGUUCGACAACAUUUCGCGAUCGGCCGUCGUUUCGGCGGGAGGACCACACAAUUCGAAGCGGUCCUCGGGCGGUCCAAAUGGUUCCAAGCACCACUCGUCCCAAUCCAGUUCCGUUUCCGGCAUUCCGAAGCGUCAGUCCAGUGUCCCGGCUGGUGCCGGGUCCGGGUCCAAUACGAACAAUUCCGGCAUCGCACCGGGCUCGUACUACGAUUCCAACAAUUUCCCAGACAACCGAUGCGAUGACAGCAUUCCGCUGUUGUCCUCGUCUUCGAUGAAACAACAGGUUUCGUCCGGCGGAGCGGCGGUGAUCAACGAUUCCGCCGGUCAGUUUUUCGAUAACGAUCUUCCGGUGAAGGUGGGUGGAGGAGGCGGAGGUGGAGUUGGUAGCAAGUUGAACAUAACCAAGAUGAACAACAUCAAUCUGGAUGCGCUGAAGGUAUCCGAGGAUGACACGACUCCGUAGUUAUGGAUCCACUAGUCUCCUAUCGGCCAAUGACGACAACAGCGACAACGACUGAGCAGGUCGUCCCAAAUGGGUGGAGCUAAUCUCGAACAAAACACAUCCGAAACAAAAAUGACAAACAUAAAAAUUUAUUUACUGUACUCCUUAAGAGAUGAAUAUGCAUUUAUCUGACUCUCCAGUAAGCAUAUUAUAGCACCUAGUAUUAGUAUUCGUUUAAUGCAUUUAGUCGUGUCGUGUUUAAUCGUACUUUGUGAUAUAUACGUAAAGACUAUAUACUCUAGUAGCCAUCACAGAAUUUCGCCGCACGGGGCGAAUCUUUUGAAAUCUGAUAGAAAACUAGAACUAGUUCAAUAACUCUUCCGAAAAAAUAAAACUACUAAAACGAAAUAUCUCUAUCGGAUUUCUUGAACACUCACACAUUAAUAUUUUGAUCUCGAUUUCUGAAAACGAGUUGCCGAGAAUCCUGACAUCUCGAUAACAUAUUACAUGGCGGUUUACCUCGGUGAAGCCAUCUUUAAAUUCGUCGACAUUUCGUAAAAAAUCGAAUUACCGGUCUUUGGCAUAGUUUUGAUAGCAUUGAUCGGAACACUUACAUAUUUGUUCUUAUUCUACGAAUGGAGUGACGUGACCCAGCUCGACUCGCAUAUCGAGGUAAAAAAUCUCGAAUCGAAUGAAGUGACUCGCCGUGCAAAUCAAAUGGAUGGAGAGCCACCUCAUUAUUGGGUUCGAGAUUUGUCACCUCGAUAUGCUAGUCGAGCUGGGUCACGUCCCCCCACUCGUAAAAUGAGCACAAUUGGUGAAAUUCGUUUAAAAAACUGUUGAUAUUUCGUUCACGGUUCAAAAUUGAUAUUCAUAAACAAAUCAUCAAAAACCAAAAGCUGAAUUUUAGUGGAACUUUCCUGCUAUGUAACACUUGACAAAAUUUUCUCGGGAUCUCGUUCAACAAAUGUCGAAGUUUCCUGAGUAUCGACAUAUCAAGGAUGUUUUGAAUCAUUUGUAGAUUAUUUGACUCAGCACUUUCUUAGCACUUUCUCGCCGUGAAUAUUAGAGUUAGAAUCGUAAGAAUACGGUGGUUAAUCACCGGAAUUCCAUUAGAGGAAACACGAAACCCUACAUGAUCGCUGAUACUCAAACCUGCCAAACUCUCAUCAGAUGAUUCGGUACAUCCUUGUCGACACUAGGUACAAAAAUAACAAGUUUUUCGCUCGUGGAUCCUUGAAGAUACCUAUGUUCACUGCAGUCGGCAAUAUGAAAAAAACAUUAGCUGUGUUAAGUAAGUCGUAUAAAUCGAUCGGUCUAUAUCAGAUUUUAUUUUCUAGAUUUGUUGAUAUUCGUCAAAGAGUUUAGAACAACCAGACAGAUUUAUCAUUUCGAAGCUCAAACAAAUCGUGCAAAGUUACGUGUAUUAAAAAUAUGUACUUGGCUUGUGAGACAAACAAA